AUGACGGGAAUAGACCUACCGGAAGAUAUUAUAGAGAACAUCUUCUCUAGGUUACCGGUCAAGACCCUCAUCCGAUUCACUUGCCUCUCAAAGAAGUAUCAUCACCUCAUUUUAAAAGAUCCGGUUUUCGCCAAAACCCAAUAUAAGUUUGCCUCACGUCACAGACUACUAAUUAGUGAUCCUGAUCUCGGAUCUCUAGACUUGGAUACUCCCUCCUUUGAUGACAUAAGGAAUGACAUAAGGAAGCCAAAUUUCCGUUUCCUGCCACCAAACAGUGGAAAAUAUGAUAUAAUUCCCAGUUCACUGGGAUCCUGCAAUGGCUUGAUGUUCGUACUUGUUCAGGGAUUUUUUGUGUGUAACCCAUCAACUGGUUUCUUUAAGAAGUUACCGUUCGGGGGUUAUCAUACAUAUGCCGGACACUAUCAUGGCGUUGGAUACUUGUCCACCACGGACGACUAUAAAGUUGUUGGAAACCAUAUGGUGGUAGACGAGGAGAUGUCUGUUACGGCACAAUGGGUUGAGAUAUUCUCCUUGAGAGCUAAGGCAGCACAUCAUGAAAUGGUUGUCUUUGAUUUGGCCAAAGAGGAGUUCCGGACAAGGCACCUGCCUGAUUUCGACCAAGAUGGGGCGCAUUUUCGCCGUAUUGUGGUCACUGCUAGAGGAAGCCUAUGUGUGCUGUGUUAUCCGGAGGCUGCUUGCUGCGAUUCUCUGGAUUUUUGGAUCAUGAGAGAACAUGAAGUGGAUGACUCGUGGUCUAAGCUCUUUAACUUGAAAUUAGCCGAUCAUGAGCAGCAGAAGCUAUUUGAUACGUGGACAGAAUUCUUGGUUAUGAAAAGUUGCACAGUUGCCAUAGGAACUGGCGAAAACAGGAUCAUCAACUUUGUGAGGAUUGACCAUAAAGGAGGGAAGCUUGACCUGUGCAACAUAGAGGGCUGGCACAGUGAAUAUUUGGUUCGUGCUACCAAAUAUGAGGAGAGUUUAAUUUGGAUUGAUGAAGCUCCAGACGACCCUAUUCUUUUAGAGAGAGAACGAGCAAUAGAGAGGAGGGAGAGAGAACGAGAAAUAGAGAGGGAGAAGCGAGAACGAGAGAUGAAGCGCAAGAAGAAGAGAAGGAGAAGAGGUCACGGAUGGACAGUCCGCCCCAAGAAGAAGACAUGA